CCACUGCUCGAGAUGCCGCGCCGCGCCCGACCCGCGUCCUGCUGGCUGGCGCUCUGCCUGGCCGGCGCCGUCGUUCUGACGUCGGCGGGACCUGCGCCCCCCGCACCCUCCGCGCAGCCCCUCGUACGCCUGCCCCGCUCCACCUCCAACAGCUGGCUGCAGCUCGUCGCAGACUACGCCCGCAACAACAUGGAGUUCGGCGCAGAGGGACCGCAGUGGUCGCUGCCGGGAGUCGCCGGUGCCAGGGGACCUCCCAGAGCGCGCGCGCCGCCGCAGCCCGCCAUCUUGCCCCUGCUAGUGCUACCCAUGGAGGUACCCGCCCAGCCGCCGCCGCCACAACCAGUUCCAGAAUGCCCAGUUGUAGUCGCGACAACUCACAAGGAAGAUGUUAAGGAUAAUUUCAACAGGAAAAGAGUUUCGAGUAACGGAUUCAACGAUUUAGACGAAGAAUAUUCUUCCGGCCGAACGCGAGGCCCGCAGAAACCGGAAUUAGACAGGGAGCGGCCCACGGCAGAGCCCUCUUACGAGUUUAUCCCGGAGGCCAGCACCGGCCCGCCGCCGACGUUCAACAAAGUGGUUAGCUCGCAACAGCUGGUGGAGAUGUUCCGGUCGCAGACGCCAAGCGCGCCCUACGAGCCGCCCAUGAAACUGUCGGGGCAUGAUCUCAGCGAGCGCGCUCCUGCGCCGCAAGCCCCCGAGCCGCAGCGUUACCGGCGUCAGUACUCCGCGCCCGCGCCCGGCUCCGCGCCUGGCCCCGCGCCCGGCAGCGCCCAGUACGCUGCCCGUCAGCGUACGCCCCCGCGCCCGCGCUUCGACCGCCCUCUUUUGCUGCGCGGCCAACUGACCGUACCCCGCGCUGACUACUCCGAACCUUACACCGUGUGGUGGGACGCACAGAGCGGCGACGCGCGCGUGGACCACCAUGCCGGCGCCGCAUCCACGUUCCGAACCAUAGCCGACGGCAGCGUCUACCGUGUCGAGUCGCACGUGGACCGCAGCGGUGAUCGCCCGCUGCGCCGUUGCGCCGUGGGCUCGCCCGAACGCGCCGCACCCGAGGACCGAACGUUGCCCGUACUGCCCCUCGAGUUAGACCAGUUCGUGUUCUCAGGUUACGUGGAGAGCGGCCGUGGCGAUGGCGGCGGCGUAGCGGAGCUGUGGCAGCGCGUGGUGGCGGGGCGCGCGGGGGAGGCGGGCGGCGCGCGGGGCGAGACGCUCACCGCACGCCACGACCUCCUGCUGGCACGCGACGGCGACCGCCUCGUGCCGCUCUCGUACACGGUGUCGGUGAACAGCUCGGUGCUGGGGCCGGACUGCGACGGCUACCAUCACCAGUACAUCGAAGUCACCGAGCAGGAGCACUCGCCCAGUAUAUUUAAUCUAGAUUUGGACGAGGCUUGCGACCAGGUGGAGUACGUGAACGCCAGCGCGCCGGAGCCGCGCGCGCGCCUCGAGCCGCUGCGUGAGUUCACGCUCCCGCGCCGCGACCCGCGCUACGACCUCAAGUUCACUGAGUUUAUGCGCUCGUACGAGCGGAGGUACGCGGACGGCGCGGAGGAGGCGGUGCGCAAGAACCUGCUCGUGCAGAGCCACCGGUUCGUGUCGUCGGGCAACCGGCAGGGCGCCACCGCGCAGCUCGGCGUCAACUUCCUGUGCGACCGGCUGGACGCGGAGCUGGCGGAGUUGCGCGGCGUGCGGCCGGCGCCCGAGCUGCGCCGCGCCGAGCGCUUCCCGCACCCGCGCCGCCAGCUCGCCGCCGCCGAGGACGCGCUGCCGCGCCACUUCGACUGGCGACCGCGUGGCGCCGUCUCGCCCGUCCGAUACCAGGGGCAGUGUAUGUCGUGUUGGGCGUUCGCGGUGACUGGCGCGGUGGAGGGCGCGCUGUUCCUGCGCACGCGCCGCCUCGUGCCGCUCAGCGAGAAGUGCCUCGUCGACUGCGCGCACACGCAUGGAGCCAACGGUUGCAAGGGCACGUGGCCUAGCCGCGCCUACGAUUACAUCCGCGACCGCGGCCUGCCCGCUCUCGAUGAGUUCACGCCGUACGAGCCUAAGGUGGACGAGUGCGCCCGCCCGGAGCCCGUCACGCGCAUCAGCGGACACGUCAACGUCACCGUCAACAGUGUUCCCGCUCUCAAGCUGGCGAUCCGGCGGCACGCUCCCACCGUGGUGAUCGUCGACGCGACGGCCAAGAGCUUCACCACGUACUCCAAGGGAGUCCUGUACGACGAGCGCUGCGGGAAGUCGCGGCGGCCGCUGAACCACGCGGUGCUGGCAGUGGGCUGGGGCGAGAAGCGCGGUGAGCCGCACUUCAUCCUCAAGAACUCGUGGUCGACUGCAUGGGGCGAAGGCGGCUACGUGCGCGUGCAGGCGCGAGGCAACACGUGCGGCGUGCUCAGCCGGCCCUCCUACCCGCGUCUUGAGCGCGAAGACGUGCUGCGCGCCCCGCCCUCCGCGCCCGCCGCGUCCGCCGCGCCCGCACAAAGCGCCGAGUCCGACGAUGUCUGA